AUGGCGCGAAGUGGGUUGCUAGAUAGCAACUCGUCGACCAAUGAAAUGGCUCGAAUUAAAGCACUAAACAUUCGGGCCUUGGAAGAGUAUCAUCUCUUUCAUUUGAAGCUSAAGAUGCCGCCUUURAAAUCCGUUAAAAAGGUUAGGCCCUCUACUGCUUCUGGAGUCUUACAGAGCCACGAGACGACUUCGAUUUUAGAUGAUAUUCGACCAUUUACAGCGCCGGAUAAAGGCCCAUUAGGACUUGAUCCAACGUUCAUAACUUCACGGCACCACGUACCCGGUGUCCCUGUAACUUCAAAUUACAAAGGACGACAAGUUCACGGAGGAAUUCCAGAGGAUAAUCUAAAACUAGAACAUGGCAGACGAGCUACUAUAGCAGGAUUUGAAGAGGUAGAACAUCAUGAGCAACCCAAGAGGCCUUCYACUGCGGUUGGACUUUCAAAACAGCUCAAGCUGGAGGACAGAAUCACACUUGAUCACCUUAAUAGAAUGAGGAAGGCUUUUGAGGAAGCAGAUACUGAUGGCAAUGGUACCCUUGAUUUACAAGAAUUCAAAACUGUAAUACAGUCUUUGUUUGCAACYAAGUUCAAGAAUAUUGAUCAAGUAACAGCACUGUUCAUGAAGAUUGACUCUUCAUCAGAUGGUGAAAUUAAUUGGGAUGAGUUUUGUACAUUCAUGCAGUUGGAGUAUGCAGAAAAAGAAGACUCAUAUUUCAGGUCUAAGGAGACCUCUUUUGCCCUUCCUGCACUGAUAGAAAACUCACCUCAGAGGGAACAAGUGAUUAGAGCUUGCAGUACAUCUGAUAAUAACUUCCUUAUUGUCAGCCAGGAUGGUCAAGUGUCAUUUUGGUCCCAAAACCUGGAAUUUAAAAGACUGAAACAUAUUGAAAGCUCAAGCAAGAAAAACAAAUGGAUUACAGACUUUGCUCUGGUCCCUCAAUAUAACAAGUUUAUUAUUUCUACAGGGGACAGAGAAAUUCAGUUUUUUGAGUUAUCAACCUUUGAGCCUUACUGUCAAAUAAGUGGACUUGAGACCACUCCACUCAGGCUUGACUAUUGUUCUACUGGAACUGAUGAAUGUAUUAUAAUAUAUGGUGAUAGUCAAGGUUGUGUGAAUAUUUUUAUGAUGCGUUCUACCGGAGAAACGUUAAGAAAUUGGAAAAAGAUGCCCAAAGUGGAAGGAAUUGCAAGUGUUAACAUUGACAGUGUUAUAAACUCUGAAAAUACAAAGUUCAUAAG